GAAAAAGAUAAACAAAGUCCAGCCGGCCUUGGCAACCUUCUCAUUAAAACACAUUGAGAAAUGUCUCUUGUGAAACUACUGGGCUACUCAACUGUGGUGUCAUCAUCUCUGUUAUUGAAGUUUCCCCAGUUGUUGAAAAUCCACUGGGCAGGCUCUGGUCAAGGAGUUAGUCUCUACAGUAUACUGGUGGAUGCAUUAUCAUCAGGAAUCUUUGUAGCCUACUGUAUUGUCAAUCAAUACCCAUUUAGUUCCUGGGGCGAAUCACUUUUCCUUGCAUUAGAAGGAAUGUUGAUUGCAAUUCUAAUUCUAUGGUACAGCAACCAGAAGAGCUAUAUUGGUGGACUACUACUUGGAUAUGUUGUCUGCAUGUGUCUCAUGGUAUCUCCCUAUAUUACCAUUCCUAUGCAUACUGCUAUACAGAGCUGUGUUACACCUUUUGUGAUGAGUGGCAAGUUUACCCAGAUCAAACAAAUCUACAGUAAUGGAGGACCAGGCCAACUGUCAUACAUAACAGUGACAUUUAUGAACUAUAGGUCUUGGUCACGACUCUUGACGUCAGUAAUGGAAACUGCUGAUAUCAUUUUAGUGACCAAAUAUGGAUUUGUCAGCUUGGCAAAUUCAGUUAUAGCAUUACAGUGUAUUUAUUAUGCAAACACUGGUAAAUUAAAAACAAAGUAGUUUAUCUUGAAUACCACAUGAAUACAGGUGAGGUGCACCAUGAGAUCAAUGGAAGAUAUUAACAAGGGGCAAUCAGCUUUACAAUUGGGUUAUCUGAUCUGUCAUUGAUUCAAUCUCAGAGAUUUUUAAUGGUGCAUUUUUGUUCAUGGCUUACGCAGUGUAAUGUAAUACUGUAAACUGCUUUAAUUUGGCGCUAUUUAAU